AUGGUUGAAAACAUAGACAGAAAGAAAGACAAACCUGCUACCGAGACCAAGCCAGAAUAUGAAUUUGGUGGUCCUGCAGGAGCUUUGGGGAUGAUGAUUGGAUUUCCUCAACUCAUGUAUUACAUGUGGAUAAGCCAGAGGUUUUACAAGGGAAAGUUUGCUGCUCCGGCACCUGGCCAAUCAUGGCACGAUUUCUUUAUUCAGUAUUUCGGAUACAUCACUGAUUACGCAACACCAACAAAAUUCUCCGUCAGAGUGUUUGCAACAUUCAUUGCAGCACAAUUAAUAUUUUAUGUUACAAUUCCUGGAGUCUGGACCAAAGGCCAACCACUAAAGCACUUGCACAACAAGCAGCUUCCUUAUUUCUGCAAUGCAUACUACACUUUUUACACGAACAUCAUUAUCGCCGUGAUUUUGCACACCACUGGAAUCUUCAAGAUAUAUUUGUUGAUGGACCACUUUGCUGAGAUUAUGACAUGUGCCAUCAUCACAGGAUUUGCGUUUGCUAUUGGUUUAUAUGUCUACACGCUGCUAGUCACAAAAGACUACCACCGGAUGACUGGAAACCACAUCUACGAUAUGUUCAUGGGUGCCCCAUUGAAUCCAAGAAUUGGUAUUAUCGAUCUUAAGAUGUUCUUUGAAGUCAGGCUUCCUUGGUACACGCUUUUCUUCCUUGGAAUGGCAACUGUUACAAAGCAAAUCGAUGUUUACGGACACGCAAGCCCACAGGCAUGGUUCCUAUUGAUUGCAUACUUCUUGUAUGCAAAUGCUUGCUCUAAAGGUGAGGAUCUUAUCGUACCAACCUGGGAUAUGGCCUACGAGAAAUUUGGCUUCAUGCUUAUUUUCUGGAACAUUGCUGGUGUGCCUUAUAGUUACUGUCAGGGCGCUCUAUAUUUAUACUAUCAUGAUCCAUCAGAGUACAACUGGUCCACGUGGUACAACGUGUUCUGUUACUUCCUUUUAUUCACCAGCUACUAUUUCUUCGAUACAUCAAAUGGGCAAAAGAAUGCUUUCAGAAAGCAGAUGGCUGGCGACAAUAACAUCAGAAGAACCUUCCCAUUUUUGCCUUACCAGGUCCUCAAGAAUCCUACAUAUAUAAAAUGUAAAAACGGAUCCACUUUGUUGACCGGCGGCUGGGUUAGAUAUGCCAGAAAGUGUAACUACACUUCAGACUGGAUACAGUCUUGCUCGUGGGCUCUUAUUUGCGGUUUUGAUUCCUGGUUCCCUUGGUUCUACACCUGCUUCUACUUUGUUGUGCUUGUUCAUCGUACUUCCAGAGAUAUCCGUAAAUGCAAAAGGAAGUACGGCGAAGAUUGGGACAGAUAUGUUGAACAAUGUCCAUAUUUGUUCAUACCAUAUGUUUUUUAA